ACCAACAUCCCUGCAUCUCCUCCAAGUUCUACUUCCAAAUAUCGCGAGAGAAUGUGGAGGAAGCUGUGACCGCGUGUGUUUGUGUAACGUAAGGAAAUACAUUCAAUUCCCUUUAAUGCAGUGACAGAACUGCUCCAUGGCCGGACAUCUGAAGAAGCAGCUAAAAGAUGCACUGAAGGUCAUCAGCUCAGGUAGCCUUCUGUUUGCCUCCUACCUCACUGCGGUUGGAGAUGAACGUUUCUAUGCCAACCAGCUGAUGCCCCUGCUGCAGAGGAUUGUGGGGGCAGAGACGGCGCAUGUGUUGGCAGUGAAGAUGAUUGGUCUUGGUCUAGUUCCUCUGAACCGCUACCAGGACCCUGCAUCAUUGGAAGUGAACGUCCUGGGAUUAAAGUUCAGAAACCCUAUUGGGAUUGCGGCGGGCUUCGACAAGCAUGGAGAGGCCGUGGACGGGUUGUACAAGGUGGGUUUUGGCUUUGUUGAAGUGGGCACGAUCACACCCAAACCUCAGGAGGGGAACCCCAAACCACGUGUGUUUCGACUCACUACAGAUCAUGCAAUUAUUAACAGAUAUGGAUUCAACAGCUGUGGUUUGGCAGAAGCACAACAGAGGCUGAAGGCCAGGGAAGACACACAGCAGCAGCAAAGUAAAGCUGGCCUUCCCCUGGGGAUCAACCUAGGGAAGAACAAGCUGUCCCAGGACGCAGGGGCAGAUUACUUGGAGGGAGUGAGAGCGCUGGGCCCGCUGGCUGACUACCUGGUGGUUAACGUCAGCAGUCCUAAUACACCAGGUCUCCGGGAUCUACAGGGGAAGGCUGAGCUCCGCCAGCUCCUACAUACGGUGUUGAAGGAGCGCGAUGCCCUGCUGGGAGAAUCCAAACCUCCGGUCCUGGUGAAGAUCGCUCCUGACCUCACUACCCAGGACAAACAAGACAUUGCUGAUGUUGUCACUGAGCUGGGAGUGGAUGGUUUAAUGGUGUCUAACACCACAGUGUCCAGACCAGAAACGCUUCAGGAUCCGCAUAAGUCUGAGGUUGGUGGGUUAAGUGGCCAGCCUCUCAAAGACCUCUCCACUAGCACUGUGAGAGAGAUGUACAACCUCACCAAAGGUAAAGUGGCAAUUGUUGGAAUCGGUGGUGUGGCCAGUGGACAGGAUGCCAUGGAUAAGAUCCGUGCUGGUGCAUCACUGGUUCAGCUGUACACAGCUUUGACCUACCAGGGUCCGCCCAUAGUGACAAAGAUAAAGCGAGAAUUGGAACAACUUCUUAAAGAACAAGGUUUCAGCAGUGUAUCAGAGGCAGUUGGAGCAGAUCACAGGGGGGCAGAUGGGUCAACUCAUAAGCAGAGCCUGCUGAAAGAGAUGGUAAAUGUUAACACAGCACCUGUAGUUGCCAUCUCCUCCAGCUAGGCAAUGUGAUCUUUAACUUUUCUUUGAACUGCGAUGAAUGCUGAGUAUUUGUGAUCGUCCAUCCGACCGUCUUGAUUUCCAGGAUGAGAUAUGGUCUGAAAUGGUAGUUGUUGAAACCAUAUUUUUUGGGUAUUUGUGUAGAGAAGUGCAAAUGCUGAAUGCAUCAAAUCUCAGCUUCUCGCCUUUACUUAACUAAGUCAAUAAUGAGAAGUCUUUGAUGUUGUAUCUAUGCAUUAAGAACCUGAGGUCUGUUUUAACCUUCAUUUCAAACAUUCGUCUUUUGUUACAGUGUAACAGCAGUAGGUGAAUCUCAAGUGCAUACUGACACCAAAGUGCUUGAACUCUUCAAACACAAACUUUUUUAAUAAACACAUACAAGCUAUUUUCGUGUGUAUAAAGAAAAUAAACUGACAUCAUGUUAUGUGAUUAAAAUAGCAAAACAUCCUCCAUUUUAGGAAUUGUCUAAUACAGAAGUUGAAACAUACAUUCAAAUGUUGGCAUUGUAUUAUUUGCUGCCCAUCUAAAAAUACAUGUUGUUAUUGUUACUAUAAAUGAGUGCAAAACAUUGACGACAUGAACAGGAGGACAAGAUGAUACUGCACAAAAAUCCAGUUAAACACACUAACAGCUCAAAUGCUAUUUGGAUUUAGGAUCAUGGUAUCUAUUUUGCUAUGUGCUAUGAGGGACGCCCUGUAGCAGUACCGUUCAUGGCGAGUGUUUGUGAGCUCUCUGUUUCAAGGUACUGUAAGACCCGGCAACUGAGAUGCACUAGAUUUCCCAAAUAAAACAUGUUUUUCUUAUUCGCUUCCGUGCUCAUAGAAAGUUAUGAUGGUCAGAUGAGCAUAAAAUAAGACACUUGAAGUGAUCUGUUUAUAAAUUAUCUGUUUAUUGUCUAUUAAAAACAAGACUUUCAAAACAAAUGCAUCACUUGGCUGUUUGAAACCAUCCUCUUUUUUUUCCCUGCACCAAAUCAUAUACCUUUUGGAGAGAUUACAUUUGCAUUUUGUCUAUUUUCUCAUUGUAUUACUGUUAUAAAAACUCACAGGCUGUGGACUGCAAUGUGUUCUGUGAGAGCAGGGUUGGAAUAAUAUACUUGUUUUGAAUCUGAAUGUACUUGCACAGUGUAUCGCCUCUAGAUUUCAGCAAACUCAGUGUUGUUCUUGUGUGUAUGUGGAGAACAGCAUGUGUUAAGGCGAGUGAUUCACACAGACUGGAAAAUGUGCUUUAAGGCACAACUAAAAUAAAAAACAAGGUUACACUGUGGAAAGAA